AUGGCCGAACCUCAGUUCUCUUGUGCCUUUUGUGGCCGUGAAUAUGCGUUCACAACCUCUCUUUACCGGCAUUGCCGGAAGACCCACGACUUGGAGGGCAGCGACCGUUCCUGGGCGUUGCCGUUGUCAACCAACACCCCCUCCGCCUCAACGGCUGCCCCUGCUCCCCCUGCUCCCCCUGCUCCCCCUGCUCCCCCUGCUCCCCCUGCUCCCCCUGCUCCCCCUGCUCCCCCUGCUCCUCCUGGUCCCCUUCCUCCUGGUCCUGGUCCUACUCCGGCUCCUGCUCCUGCUCCUCCGCCCCCGCAACCGCCUGCCCCUUUGGUUCCCGGGCUGCCACCUCCGACGGCGGCGCCGACGUACCCUCCCGUGCCUGGUGAAGCAGCGUCCUCCGCCGUGCCAUCGGCUCCUCAAACGGCGGCUAUCCAACAGCGCGUUGAGGAGUUGAUGGCACGGCCGCUGUCUUCAUUCAGGACAACUCGUCACCAAGAUCACUCGGUGGCGAGACGAGGGGCCAACGACUUCGACCCGACGGAGGGCCUGCCGGUGAAGAAGUACCGACUAGACAGCGUCCGCGUCUCACAAGACGCUUACUUAGACCCUCUCGACGCGGGCCGGGAGGAGCAGGGGAGGGAGGAGGACCUGUUCGCGCAGGAACUCCCCCUACCUCACUACUUCAAUCAGCUCCCUGAGCUGAAUCAGAAGCUGGUCCGAGCGGCGCGAAUGGCCACUCGGGUGGUCAAGCCAGCCGUCUGGGACUGGAGGAAGAAGGAGUGGGUGAGGCCCGAUGCCUCUGAUUCUCGCGGCUCGGGUCGACAGGACCCCGCCGACGAGAACGGCAACCAGGAGGACGAGGAGGACGACCUCCUGGAUGCAGACGGCCUGCCAGAAAAGCGACGAAAGACCGGUGCCGCGACCGAGGGUCGCUAUUUUGAAAUCAAAAAAUGGGUGCCGAUUCCGGCUGCUGUUGCUGAAAAGAUGUCUGAACCGAAGUACCUCGCAGACCGACGACCAGGAAUGCCCAGCCUUUAUGGCAACACGAGUGUCUACAAAGCAACAAAUGGGUAUGGCACCCUUGGGCCGAUGCCCGCAGCUGGGCUUUCGAAUGGCCCUGGCUAUGAUCUGGGUGAUGGAGCUGGGCUGGGAAAUGCGACAGGUGUGCUCUCCGGAUCUGGACAGCCUGCAACGCCCACUCCACGACGAAACAUGCCUCCCAUCAGAAAGAGCAAGAAACGCAAGGGCGGCCCUGGCAGACGCAAGGCUGUGCCUGUUGAUGCGCCGGUGGAAGGAGGAACGGUCAUGGAGAAUGAAAAUGAUCCAGCAGCACAUACUCCAACAGUCGAACAGGAGCAAGAUCAGGAAGGUGACAGCGAAGGUGAAGGCAGUGAAGAGGGCGAAGUCAUGGAUGUUGACGCUUUAACCACUCAAAUCGAACUUCAGCCUGAAACUCAAAUGGACUCUCAACCCGACAGUCAAACUGCACAAGAGGGAACAACUGAGAAAGUUUCUUUGAUGGCACCUGAGUCCAAUCCUGCACCCGAAAGCGAAGCUGAAGUUUCAACUGAGAUUAUAACGGAUCCAGUCGUUGCCACAGUCACAACAACCGACAUUCGCGCCAGUGAGGAUGCUACUGUCAGCGAGAUCAAACCUUUGGAUGUUCUUGAUCAAGUCCCUUUCACAUCCGAAGCCGUUGAAGCAGCUGUUAUCGAAACUGAAACUACCCUCGAACCUCCAACUGAUGAGCUCAUUGAACCUGAUCUCGUUCCGGAGCCUAUUACUCAGACUGUUGUUGAGGCUGCCGCCAACAAUAUCACCGGACCCGUCCCAGAACCUGCUAUUGAGACUGCCAUCACUCCUGUUGCUCUACCAGUCGUCGAACCAGUCAUCACUCCUGUUGCACAACCAGUCGUCGGACCAAUCAGCGCUCCAGUUCCUCAACCAGCCGUCGAACCACUCACUCCUGAAGAACCUGAACCUGAAGUCGAACCUCAAACCGAACCUCUACCUGAACCUGGUGCUGGUACUGAAGUUGAAGUCGAAGCUCAAGCUCCCGCUCAACCCGAAAACCCACCUACAGUUCUUGAACCAACAGACAAACCCAUAACCACAAACAAAAGCGACGAUGAACCGAAAGAAGGUGAAGUCGACUUACUUGGCAAUUUAGAAGCCGCUGUUGAAAAGGAAGCAAAUGAAGCGAAUUAG